AUUGAUGUGGGAGGGAAAGAAAAGGAAAAUGUGUCAGUUUAGUUUGGGAGAUACCAAAAUAGCUAUAGGACCUGAAGUGCAAAGCCUGGGACUAGCUGAGUAGAGAAGUGAGAGCAAGAAGCAGUGGGGCUGCGUGGGAAGCUUGGAAGUAGAAGGAGAGACAGUUCUGAUGAGCUGGACUCGGAAGUGUGGUUGGCGUAGGGGGCUGUGAGGCUGACUGAGGAGACUAAGGGAGGAGUCUGGCAGAGGGAGCCAGCAAGGAGCUGGCUUGUGCAUGAAGAAGACUGAACAGCAGAAUCAGGGUGAGAUCUAAUGGGUGUUUGGGAAGCUGGAAAACAGGAUUUGCUGGGCAAACUGCCUGGGGAUGAUAUGAGGAAGGCUUUUGGAAGUGAGGUUUCUCUUAGGAGAUUUUCUUCAUUGGAAACCUUGCAUUACACAGAACUCCACACUGGAUUCUCCCAUCAGAAAACAUCUUCUGAAGAAGCCUUUGGACUUCACCAUAAGAAAGACAGAUUUCCACUUUAGAGAUCACGUCAUACUUCAUCUUGUGAAAAUAAUAUGAACCCGAAAUUAUUAGUUUUCCUUCUCCCAAAUUUUAUAUUUGGGAUAUUUCUUUUUGGAUUUUUCUAUAAGAGACAAAAAACCAUAACAGGUGCUUUUCCCCAUCCUGCUGAAAAUUGGGUGGCAAUUCAAAAUGGUCGCAAAAGCACACUGGCUUCUGUCUGCCUGAAGAACAACCUUACUAAAUUUAAAAGCAAAUUGGGCGUUGCAAACCAGCUCUUUGUGGAGCACAAGCAUAAAUUUAUCUACUGUGAGGUGCCCAAGGUAGGCUGCUCCAACUGGAAGAGAACUAUUUUUCUUCUCCAAUCAGACCUGAAUGCAGAAGCUUCUGAAAUUGAGCAUGACCACAUCCACCAAACAUCAGCGAUCAAAAGGUUGGGGUCUUAUCCUCCUGCCAGACAAAAGGAAUUUCUAAGCAAUUACACCAAAGUGAUGUUCACCAGACAUCCUUUGGAAAGGCUGGUUUCAGCUUAUAGAGACAAACUUCUGCACUCUGAGCCAUUCUACAGCAUCACUGUUGCUAAUGAGAUUAGGGCAAUGUUCAGGAAAAACAGAAAUUCUUCUGAAAAAGUGAGUUUCCAGGAGUUUGUCAACUUCAUUUUAACAAAACCACCAAAUGCUCUUGACAUUCACUGGAAACCAAUGUUUCUGCUCUGCAAUCCUUGCAACAUUGACUAUGAUGUUCUGGUUUUGCUGAGGCAGAGGAAGUUGGAAAUUACUCUCAUCAAAGUUAAGGCUAUGCAGAAAGAUGCAGACUCUCUCUCUUCUUCCUGAAUUAGAACCAUCUCCAGCUGCAUGCUUCUCCUGCUUUCUUUGACAGAUCAUGCAGAGAUGGAGGGGAAUAAGAUUUGCUUCAUAACUCACUUCUACAUGGUAGAGCCCUCCAGAGCUCUAAGUAUAUCUGAAGCUGUAAAUAUAUCUAAAAAUAUUUUAGUUUUCUGAAACCACCAGCCAGCCUAGGAAAACUCUGAAGAAAUUAUACUGACAGAGUUUGAUAGGUGUCUUUGCUAUCAGCACUCUAGUGUUAACACCCCCCUCCAGUUUCUUGCUGUUAGAUGUGAGUGGCUUUCUAUUCUUAUUUCCUCUUUCACACAGGAUCACAUAUUCUUCCCUCAGUGGUGACAGAAAACUGAUGGCUAAUUCAUUCUUCACAAGUGCUAGUCAGUAGCAAAAGUGUAUCUACUGAAGCAGAAAAAUCUGUGUAACUAUUCACAAGGGACUUUGAGUUUUGACAUUUGCCUAUAGGAAACUGUAAGUAGCGUGUUGCCUUGAAUCACUGGCUGCUGUAAUGCUGGUGUGGCUCUGAACAAAAAAAUAACUGCAGAUGACAUGUGUAUGCAUGUGUGCACAUAUAUAACAACAGUUUUAGGAAACAACAACAUACAAGAGUGGUAUAAAUUGUGGAUUAUCAACAGUAACAAAAUGAGAAUAAUGGGUUGGUAUCUGUCAGAAAAUAGAAAAAAAAGCCUUCUUGAUAUCGUAAUGUAAUAAAAAUUGAUGUUGGCUCUGGGCAUUGUCUAGUCAGCCCACUUGUAGAUACCUGCAAGACACCUGUAAACAUUAUGAUGAAAAUUAUAACAUGACUGUCUCUUUGUGGCCUGGGAGAGAGAUUUCCUGUACUGUCUUCCGUAGAAAUGCACUGCUCGGAACAAGUCUCUAAACUAAGUUGGGCUCCCUCCUGGCCUUUGCUCAGGGAAGAACCUCCAGUGGGACUUCUUUCCUUUGAAUGCUAACUCUGGGGUGAUGUUUUCCUGAGAGGAAAAUGGGUGCUUGCUGUUGGGAGCAAGGGUGUAGGCAGCGUGGUGAGGCUCAGGGAUCCUGGGGUGGAUUUGAAGGUGUAGGGAGUGCCAUAAUUUAUCUUCUGAUUUAUUAUUAUAUGCCUGUGAUAUGACCAUUGUUAUGUUUCAUUGUUAAUUACCUUAAUAAACUGUAGUGUGUUAACUCAUUAA